AUGUCCGAUCGCGUGGAUGGCCGCCACAAGCAGCGCCUGCCAGCAUUCCUGGACCACUUCAACACGCGCGACCUCAAGAUCUUCUUUCGCUGCUGGGCCGCCGCUUGGGUCGCUGCUCUGCUGAUCUUCAUCGGCCCUGUCGCGGACAAUUUUGGCUCUGCGACCUUCUUUGCCUGUCUGGUGCUGUUUAUGCUCCCGCCGUCCGGUGUACUGUUUGUCUACAUCCUGGGAUCGCUCAGUCUGUACAUUGGAAUUGGCCUUGCAUGGGCAUGGGGCGUCAUCACUAUGAAGGCCGCUCUGGCCGCCAGACCGGACGCAGACACCCAGGCGCGAGUGGCCGCGCUGCAACAGGCUGCUGCGACGGAGGCGCAGUCGACAGGAUCCCCCGUCGCAGGAAUUGCUCAGCGCAUGGUCUAUGAUGGCUGGAUGUUGGAUGCGCGGGUGACUGCUGUCGUGUACUGCAUGUUAUGCGUCUUCAUCUAUUUCCUUUCGCGCUUGAGAGCAUCGAAUCCAAAGACCGCCUUUACUGCGAUCUUUGGUAUUAUUAUCACCGAUCUGUUCCUUUGUUACGGACCCCUCCUUCCCUCUUUCAAUGGCACUCUGCCCCUGGCCCUGGUGAAGCCUGCUGCAGCAGGUACUGGGCUUGGAUUUGCUUGUACAAUUCUCUUCUUCCCGCAAUCCACAUCAGAUAUCGUCCUCGAAGGCAUUGGGGAUUUGCUACGACUGAUGGAAGAUUCCCUGCAGUAUUCUGCGUCCGCCCUAAGCAAGGACUCAGAACCUCUAGAUCCCCAGCAACUACAGAAACGGCGAACUAAAAUCAUAGGGCAGUACCGGAAACUCGAGCCAUCGUUCGGGUUUCUACCACUCGACUUCUCUGUUGGCAGCUGGGGCGCUGAGACAGUUGCCACUUUCAAAAGUCCCAUGCGACAGCUAGCAGCAGUGAUCCUGUCACUUUCGGAAUUCCAUAAAAGUACGAUUGAAAGCCGCGUCAAGACCCAGGAGCUGAAGAAGCCGCCAAUUGAGACUGGGGAACCGGUUGAGCAGAAGCAGGAGAAACAUGAGAAGAAGGAGAAGAAGGAUAAGAAAGAGAAGAAAGAGAAGAAAGAAAAGAAGCGGGUGGUCGGCGCGCACCAUCUCGCACAGGUGGCCGAUUUGGUCAAGGGGUUGCAAUAUACAGAAGACCACUCUGUUGAUCCCGAUGUGGCGAAUGAAUUCACCGGCCAUAGCGUCGCGGCCAUGGACGCUUGUUUAGAAGGACUGCGAGUUACAGGCGAGUGCGUCCGGUUUGUCGAGCGGCAGCAUUGGUAUCACAAGGCGUCGCCUGCAGCACAUGAGGAGCUGUAUGAGCGGACGAAGACCGUGCUCGAGAAGCUACGACAAGCAAGAACAGGUUUCCUGCAUGAUAUGACGGAAUCUCUUAUUACUGGGUAUGCCCAGCUGUUUGAAAACGAUAACCCAGACCAGAAUACUCGAGCAGAUCAGGUGGCAGGCAUAAUCAUCUGCAUGAACUUCCAAGAACAUAUGGCAAACGCACUGGACAAGACAGAGGCUCUUCUAGCCCGCGUGUCAGACGUCUUCCCCGACGCCACUCGCACUCGACUUUGGUGGCCGACGAGUCUGAAAUACGCAGCUCGGUGGAUGCUCGGAAAGAAGGACAAGGCGCCUACACUGGCACCAGCCAGCGACGACGACCCCGAUCAAGCCCCCGCCGGCGAUGCUACGCAGACGGCACAGGAGAAGCUGCGAAUUCGUCGUGGAUACCGGCCUCAAACCCGCCAUCCUCUGGGUAAAGCGGCUAUUGGAACAUAUCACUGGUUGACCUGCGAUGAAGGACUGUAUGCCCUGCGCAUGGUUGUUGUUACUAUUGCUGUAUCGAUAUCUGCCGUGCUUCCGAACACUGCAGGGUUCUUUUACCGUGAGAAGGGCUUUUGGGGGCUGAUCAUGGCCCAGACUGGUCUCUUGGUAUACAUGGCCGACUUCACAUUCUCGGUGCUGGCUCGACUUGUUGGUACCAUUGGAGGGGGUGUCUUGGGACUGCUGGCCUGGUAUAUUGGUUCUGGAAAUGGUCCAGGCAAUCCAUAUGGCUUGUCCGCUGUUCUCGCUGUGAUGCUUAUAAUCUUCCUCUGGAUUCGCCUUUAUCUUCCUCCCAAUCUUCUUACUGGAGGCAUCAUGGGCGCCGCGACUUUCCUACUAGUCGUCGCCUACAGCUAUGUUGAUACACACAAUCCUACAUACGGAGAUCCUGGAGUCGGCUACAACGUAUUCUGGCGCCGAUUACUCCUCGUGCUGAUCGGAAUCGGCGCAGCAACAAUAGUCCAGAUGCUCCCCCGUCCCCCCUCUGCCUCACGCCACGUCUGCAAAUCCCUCUCUCGUUCUCUCCGCACUUUAUCCGACCACUACGCCCUCCUCCUGUCCUGCUGGGGCCGCGCAGGCAACGAAGGCAAAACCAUCACAGAACCAAUCUGGCUCGAACUCACCGAAUCCCUCGUCCUCCUCGAACCCAUGAUCUACAACCUGCGCUUCGAAUUCUCCAGCUCCCAAUUCGACUCGAAGAGUCUGGCCCAAGUUAAACAGCUCUGCCACGCCCUGAACGACUUCCUCGCCCGUCUCCUCGCAGCUUCAGGAACCCUACCACAGGAAUACAAGGACCGUCUCGCGCAGCAAAUGGGUAUCCUGGACCACCGCUGCAUCGGUGAAGUAAUGGCCGUGCUGGGGGUCUGUGAACAAGCGCUGCGGACGGGCGAUGCGCCGCCGGAAAUCCUCCCGACUCCGCUUGUGAGACGCGCGCUGGAGUAUUGGCAGACGCAUCAGACGGAGUAUCUGCUCAGUGCGGAUAUGGUGCGCGACGAGGACUACCGUCGGUACUGCGUUGCGUUGGGGUCGUAUGUCAGGUUCUUGGGGAAGAUUGAUGAGUUGGUGCUUGUGAUCAAGGGGGUUUUGGGUGAGGCGCAUUUGGUCUCGAAGGAGUUGAUAGAUCUGGUUUAA